AUGGUCUCUCGUGAAGUUGCAAUAGACAACGCUAUCCGCGAUCUUAAUGCUGGUGUUUUUACAAGCCAGCGGAAGGCUGCCAAGGCCUAUGGCGUCCCCCGAUCAUCGCUCCAAGCGCGCCUUGCCGGUCACCAACCUCACGCGAUAGCUCAUCAACACCAGCAACGAUUGACUCCGCAGCAAGAGCACUUCUUAGCUCAAUGGAUUCUUGACGAGGACUCUCACACUCAACCACCUACACGCGCUCGCGUACGAGAAAUGGCUACCCGAAUCCUGCACAUGAACAACGACUUCACGCCACUCGGC